AUGACCUCACCAGCCCCUCUCAGACCACCCCCCCCUUCACUUUUCAACUUUUCCUUCCGUGCCCUCCUCCGAGCAAGGCGGUGCCGAGGCCCAGCUGACCCCCUGGGAUCCCCCGGCAGCGGACAGGGAAGGGUUAAAGGCCCCCGGCUCCCUGCCCCCUGCCCUGGGGAACCCCUGGCCUGUGGGGACAUGAACUCCCCACGCGCUGCCAGCCGGGUCUCCGGCUGCCCGCGUCCCGGAGCGCCUCUCAGGCCAGGUGUUUAUCACCUGGUCCUGGUGGUGCUGAGCCUAUGGCCAGAUAGAGCCGUUGCCCCCGGGCCACCAUCUGGCUCCCCACGAGUCUCUCCAGAUCCUCGUGCAGAUCUGGACAGCGCUGUCCUCCUGACCCGAUCCCUUCUGGCAGACACUCGGCAGCUAGCUGCGCAGAUGAGAGACAAAUUCCCAGCGGACGGAGACCACAAUCUGGACUCCCUACCUACCUUGGCCAUGAGCGCUGGGACGCUGGGAUCUUUGCAGCUCCCAGGUGUGCUGACAAGGCUUCGAGUAGAUUUGAUGUCCUACCUCCGGCAUGUACAGUGGCUGCGCCGGGCAGGCGGUCCUUCCCUAAAGACUCUGGAGCCAGAGCUAGGUGCCUUGCAAGCCAGGCUGGACCGACUCCUCCGUCGUCUACAGCUCUUGACUUCUCGCCUGGCUUUGCCCCAGGCAACCCCAGACCAACCCACAGUCCCCUUGGGCCCUCCUGCCUCAGCCUGGGGAAGCAUCCGGGCUGCUCAUGCCGUCUUAGGCGGGCUGCACCUGACCUUGGACUGGGCUGUGCGGGGUCUGCUGUUGUUAAAGACUCGGCUGUGAUGCAGGACUGAAAGCCACCACCGACAUCAUCUUCCAAAGCCACAUUUUAUUUAUUUAUUUAUUUUGGUACUGGGGGGGCGCAUGAUGAUCAGGGGCACGCCACACCCCACACAACUGACACCCAGCUAGAUACACUUCCUCCAGGAGACCUGGAUGGGGGUGGGGUCACCUGGGUGGCUUAUUUAUGCUUAUUUAUUUAAGGAAUUGGGGGUUAGGAGGGACAGGUGGA